AUGGAUGACUUCUUUGUGCAAUUCCUUCUCCUCAUAUCCUCUUGCCUCAUUCUUCUUCUCCUCUACGUCUACAAGUCCAAUGCCUCGAGUAUAACUACCAAUGGAGGUCCUCUCAUCGGGAACCUACUAGAUUUCAUUAAGAAUCGGAAUCGGUUCAUUGACUGGACCACCGAGAUCCUCUCGGCGUCCCCGACCAACACCAUGCUCCUCCACCGCCCCGGUAUACCUCCACUGGUUCUGACCGCUGACCCCUCGAACGUCAAGCACAUCCUCAUGACCAACUUCGACUGCUAUCCCAAGGGUAAGCGGUUCACAUCUCACUUCGGGGAUCUUUUCGGCCAAGUGAUGUUCGUCCUCGACGGUGAACGCUGGAAGGACCAGAGGAGGAUUGCAGCUCACGAGUUCGGCUCCAACACACUCCGUGAUUUUGGUUUGGACAUUGUGGCACAGGAGACUCAUACAAGGUUGAUUCCGAUUCUGGAGAGCGCCUCGAAGACAAACCAUGUCGUGGACCUCCAAGAGAUAUUCAACUCGAUCAUGUUCAACGUUUUCUACAAGUUGGCGUUCGACGAACGUCCCGGUUCACUAAGCAACGAUAGAAAUGGGAGCACAACCCUGUUAACAGCAUUUAAACAAUCGAGUUUUAUCUCGCAUGAGAGGCUUCACCACUUGCUCCCUUUCAUGUGGAAGGUGAAGAAGUUCCUAACCAUUGGGUCGGAGCAGAGACUCAGGGACUCGAUCAACAUCGUGCAUAAGCAUCUCGAGAGAGUCAUACAGGUAAAAUUCAUAGAGACGAGGGGGAUGAGCAAGGUUGAUGUUAUGUCAAGGUUCAACAACCAUGGCUACACGUCAAUAGAGUCUCUCCGCGACAUUGGCAUUGGCUUAAUGUUGGCAGGGAUGGACACAACUGUGUCCAGUCUAACAUGGUUCUUCUGGCUUCUUUCUUCAAACCCCCGAGUUGAGAAGCAGAUAGUGGAAGAGGUGAAGGCGGUUCGAGCCAAGCACAACAGGAGCUUCGGGGAGAUGCCAACCUAUGAGGAGAUUCGCGAGAUGCAGUACCUCCAUGCAGCGAUGACAGAGUCCAUGAGGUUAUACCCACCGGCGCCCUUCAAUGUCAAAGCAUGUAUCUCUGAUGAUGUACUACCAGAUGGGACACAAGUCAAGAAAGGGUGGACCGUAUUAUUCAGUCCCUAUGCAAUGGGCAGGAUGGAGAAAAUCUGGGGGAAGGACUGCCUCGAGUACAAGCCUGAGAGGUGGCUCGAAGAUGGGCUUUUCCGGCAAGAAAGCCCCUUUCGAUACCCAAUCUUCCACGCUGGACCUAGGAUGUGCCUUGGGAAGGACAUGGCCUACAUACAAAUGAAGUCGAUCGCAGCGUUAAUGAUAGAGAGGUUCGUGAUAGAGGCACGAGACAACCGGAUGUGCCCCGAGAAGGCCCUUUCCCUCACCCUGAUAAUGAAAGGUGGCUUGCCUGUAAAAGUGAGAGAAAGGUAUCCGGAAUUUAAGGACUAA